AUGAGGCGGCGCAUCAAGCGAGUGAGGGCGGCGGCGGAGGAUAAGAGAGAUGGGGGCGGCGAUGGGGGGGUUGACCGGCUGAGCGACCUCCCCGACGACUUGCUGCUGGAGGUGAUAUUGUCGCUGCAGACGAAGGAGGCGGUCAGGGCGGGGGCGCUAUCGCAGCGGUGGAGGCAACUGUCGGCCAUGCUGCCCGUCGUGGGCCACAUCCUCGUGGGGAUCCCCUACGCGGCGAAGCCGACAAAACGGCAGCCGGGGUGGACCUUCGACUUCGAGCAGGUGGACCGCGCCUUGGCCGCGCGGCCGGGGUUGCUCAGCAGCUGCGAGAUCGUGCCGGACGUCGCGCCGGACGCGCGCCUGAUACGCCGAUGGGCGGAGGCCCUCGCGUGCCGCGGCGUGCGUGAGCUCACCCUCGACUUCCGCCGCGACCCCAACGUCGAUGCCUCCCCGGUCCUCUUCCUCUGCCGGUCCCUGGUGCGGCUCGAGCUUCACGGCUGCCGCCUCGUGCCGGAUUCGCCGGAGAUGCUGCGCUUCCCCCCCCCGCUGCUGUCGGUGGGCUGCCUGGGGCUGACCCACCUCAAGCUCGGGGACGUGGAGCUCUGCGACGACACGUUCCUGGGCAUAACCACCGCAUGCCUGCUGUUGGAGAGGAUGGAGCUGCUCUGCUGCUACGGCUUCAAGUGGUUCCGCUUGGACGGCGCCCAUCGGCUAAGGUCGCUGACCUUCCAGUACCCACCGGAGACCCACCUCGACGAGCUGCAGAUGAUCGACGUCGACGCCCCCAAUCUCGAGGCCCUCGACCUCCGCACGCUGCCGCCGCCGAUCGGGAUCAGGAUCUUUGCCCCCAAGCUGCGCUCCGUCCACCUCUCCCUGCCCAGGAUCCGCCGCCGCUGCUUCCCCACCGUGGCCCCCGGCCUCAUGCUCCUCCUCCAAAACGCCCCCGCCAUUUCUUGCCUCCAGCUCCGCGGUGGCGCCGUCGACGUCCGGCCUUCUCUCUCUCUACUGGUCUAGAUUUCACUCAAUGCUGCUCCUCUGUUCUGUGCUGAUUCCACCGCUAUCUUCCACCGCAGUGCCUCUCCGUGGACAGGGUGCCGGAAAGCUUGAACUCACCGUUCCUCAUGCUCAAGAGGCUCUACAUCAAUGUGGCCCUCAAGUACGAACGCCAAGCCCUCUGCCUCGCCGUCCUGCUGCAGCAGUUCACCAGUCUCGAGCAGCUGAAUCUCUUCGUAAGGGGGAGAAACUCCAAGAGUCAGCCCUCUCUCUGUCUCUCUCUGUCUCUGUCUUACCUUCGCCUUUUCUUCCCUCCUCGUGGAAGAUAAUCAAAGGCGACGUCCCCUGCGCCGGAGCAGCCCUGUCGCAGCCGGAGUUCAAGGAUCACCAGUGGAGGCUGGAGGAGGCGGGCUGUCUCAGAGAUCGCCUCCAGAUGGUGACCAUCUCCGGCUUCACUGGGGAGUUCUAUGAGACGUGUCUGGCGGGCUUCAUCCUCAUGGUCGCCAGGGCGCUCAAGAAGAUGACGGUGAGCCUUAACAGCAAGUGCUCCAACUCCGGGAAGAAUGCUGCCCACAGUCUGGCGAACUUGAAGCGGGCCUCCUCCAUGGCUAAGUUCCGUGUGAAAACAUCCCGCUGA